AUGGACCAGGUAAUGCAGUUCGUUGAGCCAAGUCGGCAGUUUGUGAAGGAUUCCAUCCGGCUGGUCAAGAGAUGCACCAAACCCGACCAGAAAGAAUUCCAGAAGAUUGCCACGGCCACAGCAAUAGGAUUCGCUAUAAUGGGCUUCAUUGGCUUCUUUGUGAAAUUGAUCCACAUCCCUAUUAAUAACAUCAUUGUUGGAGGCUGA